AUGGACUCUCCAGGACGUGCGCCCUUCCUGUGCAAUAGCACCGCCUCCUUCCAUCCACCCGACUGGGCGUGCAUGCCCACUGAGUCCAACUCACAUGCAAGACUCGAAGCUUUUCGCGACGGCCGCCACUGCGUAACAUAUAUGGUAGCCACACAGCGUAUCAAUCUUUUCGGACGGGACCAAGAAAGCUGCGAUCAUGUGUUGGGAAAUCCGUCCGUUUCGAGGAAGCACGCAGCCGUGAUUCACGACAGCGAAGGCGGUAUCUAUAUGGUGGAUCUUAUGUCACGGCAUGGUACAUUCGUGGGUCGCAAGAAAAUUCCGCCGCACGAUCCCUAUCUAUUACAUGAUGGAGACGUCAUUAGAUUUGGACAAAGUGUUCGCGUGUACAUUCUGAAAGGUGUUAGCUUAAGUGGCAUUAGUGCACCUAUAAAAAAGUCAUGGGGGCGCAGACUUCGUGUUCCGCAUGUCAAUAUUAAAGCUGCAGUAUUAAAAAAAAGUCCUGGCAAACCAAAAGCUUCCUCUGCGGUGACGAAGCUGGUCAAUGCAGUAUGUUACGGAUCCCUCAAGGAUGAAAAAAUUGGUUCGUUUUUAUCAGGCGUGCUGGAGCUCGGAAUUAAAGAUAGACAGGGAGUUGCAGAUACACUGGUGGAGAGGUUCCAAGCUAAAUACGAGUUCUACGCUACACAUGUGCAUCGGAACGCAUUUGUUGCGACAAUGGCUUUAUUGAAACAAAGUCUGUGUUUGCAAGAGCUUGAAAACAAUCUGGAUAUCUUUACUAAUAUUUCCCAGCAGCGAAAUGAUAACAUGUACCGUGCUGAUGCCCGAAAGCUUCUGCAAGCGAUUGCGGCUGUUCGGCUCGAUCCAGAUAAUCCCCAAUUUGCUGACCCAGACACCACCGAAGAAGAUGUCGGCUCUGCGUGCCCACCAACAGCUAAUAAUCGGGAAGGACGAGAACGGUCUAUCAGUGACGAAGGAAAAAAACUUUUUCUUUCUGGUCAUAAAAUUCAAUUGCCAGAUCGAGCCGAAUCGGUCGGGGCAUAUAGCGACUUGGGUAUGAAUCACAGAACAGCUAAUGGUCAAGAUGACUCUCGCUACAAGACUUCUCAUUAUCCAUCCAGUAAUGAGAACUGUGAUGACGAAUCUGAUAUAAGGUUGACGGCUCCUGUCUACGCACCUCCUUUGGCAAUCAGUAACGGUCCAGAUCAACCUUCUGUAAGAAAUGGCGAUGGAUCAGGUUUUAACUUCAUAGGGCACCCAGUAUCCGAAGUAACUACGAGCGACGAAUCUGCAUUUGAAUUUAUUGGAGGGCCUGAUCCUGCGAUUGAUGAUUCGUCCCGGAGCACUUUAACAGAUCAGGCUCCCAACCAACAAUUUGGCACAGAUGCUAUCUUGAAUCCAUCCACCGUUGCUGUUGAAGACUUCUUGUUGAAACGUCCAUCUGUGGACAGCCAAACCUUUGACGACAUGUGGGAGUCAGCAAAUGAUUCGGUAGAGUGCUCGAUGGAUCUUGGCUCCGUAGAUGCCCACGAGCUAGACCCAAGCGAUCUUCAAGCAUUUUUGCAGAAAUAUCGACUGGUGUGUGUGUAUAGCAAAAAAGUUGCUGGGCAGCAACAGUGGCUCUUCAUAGCAGAGCAGAGAUUUGAAGGAACUAUUUUUCUGGUGGACAUCAGUGUUAUUCCAGGAUUAGCUGAUCUGUCGCUGACGAUUAAGUGGAUUGUAAAUUCAAUACUCUAUCGAAACGGCCAUGUCAUCUUCAUGGAAAUUCUCAGGUCUGCACUUCGUCAAUAUGCAGACCAGGCCGCGUUCUGUGUAGCAAAGUCGCAUCAAUUUUCUCCUUCACAAAAUCACAUUCCGCAGCAUUUUAUGAAUGAAAGAGAGCCUGGCACGACUAAAGUCCAGGCGCUUUCCUGCCAGCCAAGUCGCUCUGCAUCGCGUACGGUGUCCCAUGCAACCUCUUUAGACGAUGAAGAAGAUCUUGAUGACGAGGAAGAUGCUGAUGAUAGCACAAUGCUAGCUCGCGAUUAUAUGACCGAAAACCCCACAAUUGACGCUGGGAAAUUUGAAGAAGUUUGGGCACGGGCGACGGAAAUUGCGUCUUUAUCGUACUGUUUAAGAGAAAUGCCUGAAGUGGAUGAAGUAAUUGAACACUUUUGCAACAAUUACCUGAUUUGUCUGGCGAGUGGAAGUGUAGACAAAACAGUCAAAUUCUUUUUUUUCGCAGAAAUGACGGAGCUCCAGUGCGUGUUUUGUGUCAAGGUGUCAAUUCGUGUUAACACUGGUGCAUUGGAAGGGAUAAUUAAGCGUUUCGCUGUCCAGAAGCGUGGCGAAGAAGAAGAGGAGCAGAUUGACUCCAGUUUUGUUAGUUUUAUUGAGGAGGUCCUCCAAGACCUUUAG